AUGUCUGAACAAGAUCAACCCAAUACGAGCUUCCUUCCAAUGCCUAGAGUCCACCCUGACUGGAUCACCGUGGGUGUCCUUCUUGCUGUUUUCUUCCUUUGGCUUGAACCAGCGCAGCCUUUUUACCGUCAAUUCCUUCUUUCUGACUCUCGGCUUCAACAUCCCUUUGCUGAGCAUGAGAGAGUAACUGAUAACGAGCUCUACUUCCUUUCAGCCAUCGUCCCCACGCUAAUAAUAGCGUUCUUUCUGUUGAAAACAUCGAGUGAUACUAAAGGAGCAAAAUAUCAUCUCUUGGGACUUUGGGUGUCGCUUGCUGUCAAUGGCUGUAUCACAGAUCUACUCAAGAACUGGAUUGGGAACCCACGCCCUGAUUUCUUAGACCGCUGCACGCCGCUGAAGGGAACUCCAAUCGAUCUGUAUGUGUUGAUUAAUGUCUGUACAGCUCCCCGUGGUCCAUCUUCUAUUAUAGAUGGAAUGAAGCUGACUCCGCUGGGCCAUUCAUCUAUUGGCUUUUCAGGACUCUUUUAUUUGCUGCUAUGGGCCUGGCAAUGGGCCAGAGCUCAGAAGAAGGAGAUCAAAUACGCGUCAUUUUUGUUGGUUGCUGCUCCUACGAUGUUGGCUACCUAUAUUGCCUUAAGUAGGGUCCAGGACUAUAGACACCACUUCUUUGACGUGUUUUUCGGUCUGGCGCUAGGAAUCGCUGCUGCUUCUCUUUCAUGGUUGAAGUAUCAAUAA